UGACUUCCGGUCGGAGAGUGUCAGCCUCGCUAAGAUGGCGGACGGAGGCGACGGCGCCGGGGCGGCCCCCGCGAAGCCCUCAGAAGUGGCCCGGUGGUGGGAUGAGAAGUUGGAUUUUCACACUGCCUUUCUUCAACUUUUGGCAAAACGUGUUCCAGAUAUAUAUUCUGAUGAAAUGAAUUCUUUGCCAGAGAAAGAGGAGGAAAUAACUCAGAUGACUAUAUUUUGCCCACUGGAAUGGUAUCUGUUUGGAGAAGAUCCGGAUGUCUGUUUGGAAAAGCUAAGACAGAGUAGCAUCCCUCAACUCUGUGGGAAGGUGUUUAAAGGUGGGGAGACAACAUAUUCCUGCAGAGAAUGUGCAAUUGAUCCAACUUGUGUCCUUUGCAUGGAUUGUUUCCAGAACAGCAUUCACAAAAAUCAUCGUUACAAAAUGCACACUUCAACUGGAGGAGGAUUUUGUGACUGUGGGGAUACAGAAGCAUGGAAGACUGGCCCAUUUUGUACAAAUCAUGAACCUGGAGCAUCAGGCAGUGAAGAAAAGAACUUGGAAUGCCAGUUAAAUGAGGAGCUAAUAGCACAAGCAAAAAAAAUCUUCCCUUCAGUGAUAAAAUAUAUUGUGGAUAUGACUGUUUGGGAAGAAGAGAAGGAGCUGCCUCCAGAGCUUAUGACAAGGGAGAAGACGGACAAAUACUAUUGUGUCCUUUUCAAUGAUGAGCAUCAUUCUUACGACCAUGUUAUUUAUAGUCUACAAAGAACUCUUGGCUGUGAGCUUGGAGAGGCUCAUUUAUAUACUACUGCUAUAGAUAAAGAGGGUCGAAAGGCAGUUAAGAAAGGGCCAUACGUUGUUUGCCAAGAAGCAAAAGAAGAUAUUAAGAAACAUUCAAACAAUGUUUCCCAAGGUCCUCUCAACGUGAAAGUUCUUCAUGCUGAUAUUAUGGCUCAUCAGAAAUUUGCUUUACGUCUUGGUUCCUGGUUAAACAAACUUAUGAGUUAUUCAAGUGACUUUCGUCAGAUAUUUUGUCAAAUAUGUCUAAAACAGGAAACUGAUUCAGAGAAACCUUGUCUUAUAAGUAGAUUGAUGCUUUGGGAUGCAAAACUUUAUAAAGGAGCAAGGAAGAUAUUACAUGAAUUGAUCUUCAGCAGUUUUUUCAUGGAAAUGGAGUACAAAAAACUUUUUGCCAUGGAAUUUGUUAAGCAUUACAAAGCACUACAGAGGGAAUAUAUCAAUGAUGAUCAUGAAAAGCAGAUUUCUGUGACAGCACUUUCAGUUCAGAUGUUCACUGUUCCUACACUGGCCCGCCAUCUUAUAGAAGAACAAAAUGUAAUCAAGGUCAUAAUAGAGACACUACUUGAAGAGUUACCAAAAUGUCUGGAUAGAAAUGGAAAAUUGAAUUUUCAGGGCUACAGCCAAGAGUUAUUGGGUCGAGUGUCUGCAAUUAUAUAUGAUCUCAGAUACAUUUUAAUCAGUAAGCCUGUUGUGUGGACAGACAAACUGAGAGAACAAUUUUUGGAAGGGUUCCGAUCUUUUCUGAAGAUACUUACUUGCAUGCAGGGAAUGGAGGAAAUAAAGAGACAAAUUGGUCAGCACAUUGAGGUGGAUCCUGACUGGGAAGCAGCCAUUGCCAUCCAAAUGCAGCUCAAGAAUAUUCUUUUCAUGUUUCAGGAGUGGUGUGCCUGUGAUGAAGAGCUAUUGGUGACAGCUUAUAAGGAAUGCUACGCAGCAGUAAUGAGGUGCAGUUCAAGUAACUAUUCAUGGGACAAAACAGUGAUUCAUUUAUGUGGCCAUACUCUGGAAAGCAAGCGCUUCAAGGUGUCCACAGAUCCUGUUAGUAUACAUCUACCAUUGUCCAGAAUGCUUGCUGGUCUGCACAUACAAUUGAGCAAAACUGGAGUAAUUUCCAGACUCCAAGAAUUUUUUAUAUCUGAAGCAUUCCAAGUGCAGAUGUUGAUAGAAUAUCCUUUGCGUUGUCUAGCACUGGUUGCUCAGGUUGCUGCAGAAAUGUGGCGAAGGAAUGGAUUGUCUCUUAUCAGCCAGAUGUUUUAUUACCAGGAUGUAAAAUGUAGAGAAGAAAUGUAUGAUAAAGACAUAAUCCUUCUUCAGAUUGGAGCAGCAUAUAUGGAUUCAAACAGUUUCCUCUUGCUGGUACUGCAAAGAUAUGAACUGCUUGAUUCCUUCAAGAAGAUUGUACCAACCAAAGACCAGGAUUUGAAUAAACAAUGCAACACAUUAAUAGAAGAGAUGCUUCAAGUACUUAUCUACAUUGUGGGAGAAAGAUAUGUACCAGGCCUCAGUCAUGUGACAAAAGAUGAUGUUACUAUGCGAGAAAUUGUCCACCUGCUCUGCAUUGAGCCAAUGGCACACAGUGCUAUUGCAAAAUCUUUGCCCAAGGAUGAAAAUAAUGAGACUGGCAUGGAGAAGGUCAUCAACAAGGUAGCCACAUUCAAAAAACCAGGUGUAUCAGGCCAUGGAGUUUAUGAACUGAAAGAAGAGUGCCUGAAGGAGUACAAUUUAUUCUUUUACCAUUAUACCAAGACUCAGCACAGCAAGGCUGAACACAUGGAAAAGAAAAGAAGAGCACAAGAAAACAAAGAUGAAGCGCUGCCACCGCCUCCACCUCCUGAGUUCAGUGCUGCUUUCAGAAAUGUGGUGAAAGUUCUGAACUGUGAUAUCAUGAUGCACAUUCUUAGGACUGUUUUGCAAAGAGCCCUGGAGUUGGAAAGCCACUUGUGGACAGAAGCUAUGAUCCAAAUGGUUCUUCAUCUCCUUGCUUUGGGUUUAUUGGAAGAGAAACAGCAGUUAGAGAAGGUUCCAGAGGAAGAAGUGACAUUUGACUUCUAUCACAAAGCAUCAAGAAUAGGAAGCUCUGCUUUGAAUGCAAUGAACAUACUAAUGAUUUUGGAAAAACUGAAAGGAAUUCAACAGUUGGAAUCACAAAAAGACAUGAUAAACUGGGUCCUACAGAUGUUUGAAACAGUAAAAUGUCUAAGAGAGAAGUCUUGCCUUCCCACAGUAGCUGCUGCAGCAUCUGGAUUGGAGUCUACAAAAAGCAACGAGAUGCAAAGAAUUCAGGACAAAGAGAAAGCUGAGAGGAAAAGAAAAGCAGAAGCAGCCAGACUUCAUCGCCAGAAAAUCAUGGCCCAGAUGUCUGCUUUACAGAAGAAUUUCAUUGAAACACAUAAGCUGUUAUAUGAAAAUACACAAGAAGUACAGGGAAGAGAUCCUAUGGAAGAGGAAAGCAGUCCACCAGUUAUCGAUUAUACCAGAAUUGCCUUGGGGCCUAAGAGAGGACCAGCUAUAACAGAAAAAGAAAUCUUGACAUGCAUCUUAUGCCAGGAAGAACAGGAAGUGAGGCUAGAGUGUGCUGCCAUGGUUUUAUCUGCCUGUGUCCAGAAAUCCACUGUCUUAACCCAGUAUAGGGGGAAGAUGCUAGAACUUUCAGGAGAUAAAAUAGAUCCUCUCUUCAUGAAUCCUGAUUUGUCAUGUGGAACUCAUACAGGCAGUUGUGGACAUGUGAUGCAUGCUUCCUGCUGGCAGAAAUACUUUGAAGCCAUUCAGCUAAAUUCUCGGCAACGUCAUCAUGUUGAACAGGUUUUUGACUUGGAGAAUGGAGAGUAUCUCUGCCCACUUUGCAAAUCCCUGUGCAACACUGUGAUACCUAUCAUCCCUUUGGAAACACAGAAAAUAAAUAGUGAGGAUGCAUUGGUAGUGGCGCAGCUUCUGUCCCUCUCAAAGUGGAUGGAGAUUGUUAUGGCCCGGAUAUCUGGUUACAACAAGAAAAACGCUGAAGAAACACAACCAAUUGCUCCAUCUUUACUUGAUAAAGAAAUGGAAGAUUCCUCAUCUGAUUUCCAUUCUAUUCUUAGCUUUGGAGUUCAGCCUUUAGUCAAGUAUUCUAAUAGUAUCAAGGAGAUGGUGGUUCUCUUUGCCAGUGCAAUUUAUAGGAUUGGAUUAAAGGUUGCUCCCAAUGAAACUGAUCCACGCAUUCCUGUGAUGACUUGGAGCACAUGUGCUUUUACUAUUCAGUGUUUAGAAAAUCUUCUAGAAGAUGAGGACAAGCCUUUAUUUGGUUCUCUACAAAAUAGACAGCACAGUGGUCUUAAAGCACUAGUGCAGUUUGCAGCUGCUCAAAGGAUCACUUCACCACAAAACCUAAUUCAGCGACAUCUUGUACGACUCCUUGGAGUUCUUCUGCCCAGUUUAAAAGUGGAAAACACACCAUCCCUUCUAGAUGUAGAUCUGUUCCAUGUUUUGGUUGAAGCUGUGUUAUCAUUUCCAUCUUUGUAUUGGGAGGAGACUGUUGAUUUACAGCCUUCAUGUAUUAGUUCUGCCUGUAAUCACCUCUACCUGUUCCAUUUGAUCACUAUGGCACAUAUAACACAGAUUAUUCUUACGACAACAACAGAACAUCUCUCUGUUUGGAUACAGAACGAUAGUGAAGAAGCACAAGCUGCUGAGUCUUUUUGUAAAGAAGUAUGUAGGAUCACAAGUGGUUGCUAUAGUCAAACAGUUCCAGGCUGGUAUUUGUGGGAUUGUAUUAAGAAGGGCAUUACAUCCUAUCUCCGUUGUGCUGCUCUCUUUUUCCAUUAUUUGCUGGGAGUGCCUCCACCUGAGGAACUUUCGAUAGUUUCAGAGGAGAGUCAGUUCAAGGCACUUUGUAGCUAUUUGUCGCUACCCACCAAUCUGUUCCUGCUUUUCCAAGACUACUGGGAUACUGUAGAACCUUUGCUCCAGAGAUGGUGUGCAGAUCCUUCCAUAUUCAGCUUUUUGAAGGAAAAAAGUACUGCAGUAAGCUACCCAAGGAAAAGAAAUAAAUUGAUAGAGCUUCCAGAUGACUACAGUUGCCUUCUGAAUCAGUGCUCUCAGUUUAGAUGCCCUCGAUCCUCUGAUGAUGAAACCAAGCACCCUGCCUUGUGUUUGUUCUGUGGGGCUCUGCUUUGCUCACAAAACACGUGCUGUCAGGAAGUAGUGAAUGGGGAAGAGCUGGGAGCCUGCACGUCACAUGCCAUCCACUGUGGUGCUGGAGUGUGUAUUUUUCUCAAAAUCAGAGACUGCAAAGUUGUCCUCAUAGGGGGCAAAACCAGAGGUUCUUUCUAUCCUGCACCAUAUCUAGAUGAAUAUGGAGAAACAGAUCCAAAUCUGGUGCGAGGCAAUCCUCUGCAUUUAUGUCAUGAAAGGUACCGGAAACUCCACUUGUUAUGGCAGCAACACUGCAUCAUAGAAGAGAUUGCUCGAAGCCAGGAAACAAAUCAGAUCUUCUUUGGAUUCAAUUGGCAUCUGCUCUGAGUAUCAAACUACUAUCAUCAAGUCUCCCAAUAAGCCCAGACAAAGAUUAAUAAUAAUCCUUCCUUUACAAUGAACAGCCCAUAUCCAUGUAUUAUAACUUAGCAGUUUUGUUGGCUUAAACAUGUCUAGAGAAACACACUUAUACACAACCUCCCAAAUAUGAUUACUGAGCAAUUAAAACCAUAAAUGGCUGGAUUGGACACAAGUAGGAUUGUUGGUGAACUUCUUGGUGACUUUGCUUUUUCUACCUGAAUCUGCUGUUUGUAUAACAUAUACAGAUGUUCCAAACUGCCUUCUAUCAUAUAUAGAUUCAGUCAUAAUCAAAAUAAAAUAAUAGGUAAUAUUACCCUCCAUGUAUGUCAACAAUAAUUCAGAAUGGAUAUGUGGCCCUUUAAAUGUUUUCUGUGCAUCUGGAAAUAACAGCAAUAUUUAAAUAGGCUUAUUUAAUCCCUCCAUAUUGUACUCUAUCUCUGUUUCUUCCUCUAGUGAAGCAGCCACAGUCUGUGACUUCAGGACAGCAUUAUUGCCAGGCAUCCAUACUAACCGUCUGAGAACAAAGCAGGGGCACGUAAGGAGUGCUCUGCAGAGUCUUUUGGAAUUUACUAAGAAUACUUUGAGAAGGAAAGAGUGAGUGCCAGAUCACUACUUAAAUCAGCAUGUAACCCUACACUUGGCUUUGAUACAUCAAAAAUUAAAUGCUCUGCUUUUGGCAUAGUCAGAUGAUCACCAUGUUCCUCACUAUCUCAAUUCAUACUUUUUAAAUCCCAAUAAGCAAAACCCAGGAAUUUGUCUAUGCACUGCCAUGGGAGGCUGGUAUUAUCUUCAGCAGCUCAUACCUUUCUUUCCAUGGGUCAGCAUAGGCCGCAGUCUAUAAUAAAGCCAUUUAAAUGUGCAUUCACUUUCCAGCAUCCAAUAUCAGCCUUUGGGCCUGUUUUGUUCUUCAGUUCCCAGAAGUCCCAGUCAGUAUGCUCAUUGUUCAGGAAUUCUGGGAUUUGAAGUUUCAAAAAUCUAGAGGACCAAAGGUUGAGAAUCACUGAUGAGAGGCUAGCAGACAUUAACAGCUAAAUAAAAGUGGGAGUUAAAUUUAUGUGUGAAGGGCUUUUUGUUAAAUCUUAUGCUUUGCUUCUGUGGAAAUGUCAGUGAGUGCAUGUUGUCGUCUGGUGUUCAUGCUGACUACACAAACAUGUUGUUUUCAAUAUGUUGCGGCAGUUUGUAGGCUGCCCCCAUUUAUAAAAGGUAGCACUGCAGUAUUUUUGUCAUUUUUCCCUUUGUAAUGAUUGUAACCAUAAUUUUGUCAGAAGGAGCUUGUGAACAAGAGGAGGGGGGGGGAGUCCUAGGAGGAAUCACCCCUUUUUUUGUCUUAAAUGUUAAGCCAUCUUGACAUUGCAUUUCUUAUUUGUGUUUUAGCCUUCCUCUUUUCUUUUUGGAAUCACUUACAGAUGUUUCAGAUUGUAAAACAGAAGAUAAGGUUUUGUGUAAGAGAAAAUAAAUGUUUGUUUUUAAAUUUUUAAACCAAUUGGUAAAGGAAAAACAUGAUUUCACAUUUACUAUAAUCGUCUACAUCAGUGUACUGAGCAGGUAUUUUCACUGUGUAUAGGGAUAGAAUGCAAUAGAAUGUUACUUCUGUUUUGAUAUUUAGAUAAUUCCAUUUAAAACCUUUGCUUAUUUAUCCACUUUCUUCUCCCUGUGCAAUAUAAAUGGUCUUCUGUGCCUGUCUGUCUUCAAAACAUUGCUAUGAAUGCUUCCCCCCCUCCCAAUGGUAACUCCCCAAAAACCAUGAUUCCAGCUACUUCCAAAAAGAAAUUUAAACGAGAUACAAAAUCCAGUUGUUUUGGAAACACGUGCACAAAGUGAUCCAGAAAUACUGCAUGUUAAGCAAAGAUUAGCCAAUGCUCAUGUUUCAGUUUGCUUGUCUUAGCCAAAUUCAUAUACUUGUGACACCUUUGGAUUAGACAUCAAUUUCUUCAUGCUACCUUACAUUGGGUUUACAGCGGUCCUGUACUUAUACAUAUCUUGCCCCAGUGGUAAUUCUGUUUUAAUGCAGGUUGUUGCUACACAGCUUUGGACAUCCUGCCCUUUUUGAUCUUUGUGGUUCCCCUUGCCUGAAAAUGAAACAAUUACUUAUAUUCUCCCAGACCAAUAAAUAAAUAAAUAGUGAGCUUUUUAAUAUAUCAUCUUGCUAUGGUACUGGAGAGUGAAAAAACAGGAAACAAGGUGUCUGUUGAAGUAAAAGACGAGGACAGCUUUCACUAUGGAGUCCUCAAACAAUCAUAUAAUGCAGUAGACCUCAAGAACACGAUUUGGCUAGCACUUUAGAAUCCCACUGGUUUCAGUUAGAGUUAAGCACAUUGUUAGUUCUCUUACACUGAAAUCACUUGGACUUUUAAAAUGUCGGCUGGGUUGUACUCAGUAUAAUUACUCUGAAAUACUGUUUUAUAUGCUAUUUACUGUCUUUAUACUGUGUACAAACACAGCAGUGUGAGCUGAUCCAAUGGGGGGGGGUAGAUUAGGGGAGUGGAGGUGAAUCUAGCCCCCUUGCUGAACAGCCAGGGAACAUGAUUCCAGUUUCUGGUUAUGAGCAUCAAGGCCCAGCUGUGUCAUCAGGCCAGGGAAUUAUGCACAAUAUUUGUGUCCAGUUCCCUACCAGCUCAGGGUCUACAUAAGGAAGCCUAUGAGGAUUGGGUGCUUGUACCCAACAUUCAGUUUCCUGCUCGGACUAUGUUCAUUGUAGGACAAAGGGGAAUCUGUUCAAGACUGUAGUACAAACAGCUUCUGUGCUUCUGUGUUUGGACUUUUAUGGCAAAUAAGCUCAAUGUUCAAGCACAAGAUAAGGGUUAAUUAUAAUGUUUCAUUUCUGUGCCGUUUGGUUCACUGCGAGUAUAAUCUGCAUUUAGUGAACACACAGUGCUAAUGCCACUGAUUAGCAUUGUCAGGAAGAUUAAUGGAAUUUUAUUUACAUACAUGCAUAUAUUGUUAUCCUUUAAUUGCAAAAAUGUAAAUUUGAGCCUUGUAUAAUGUUCUUGUCCUUUUAAAAUACCUUUAUGUAUAUUUAAAAAGGAAAUAAAGUACCUUCUCAUA